AUGAAUACAUCCAGCCGUAGCUCUGAACCUUCGAAGGUAGCAGAUGAUGUUUACGUUCAAACUCGGUGGAAUAAUGAAUUUAAACAUGCUGAUUAUUUACCUGAGUCGUUACAGAAGUGCCUGGAUCAAGAAAAGACUGUUUUAGAAAGGUACAGUGAAUUAGUUGAGGUGUCGAAAACUGUUGCAAACGAAAGCUCUCAAGCAUUAGUCAAACAUACCACAAAACCAGGCGACCAACUAGUACGAAGAGUGUUCCAACAGCCACAUCAGCAGAUUUCAUUGAUGGAACGUUAUGAAAAGACUCGAAGUUAUAAACCGCAAUGGCAUGCACCAUGGAAACUCAGUAAGGUAAUAAAUGGUCAUACUGGAUGGGUAAGAUGUGUAUGCGUGGACCCCGUUGACAAUGAAUGGUUUGCUACUGGUAGCAACGAUACAACCAUUAAAAUCUGGGAUUUAGCUGCGGGAAAGUUGAAAAUUACUCUAAUCGGGCAUGUAAUGAGUGUUCGAGAUAUUGCUAUCUCAAAGAGACAUCCUUAUAUGUUCUCAGCAAGCGAAGAUAAACUUGUAAAAUGUUGGGAUCUAGAAAGAAAUACUGCAAUUAGGGAUUUUCACGGUCAUUUAUCUGGCGUGCAUACCGUUGAUGUUCAUCCGAGCCUUGAUAUAAUAGCUACUGCUGGUCGUGAUGCUGUAGUAAGGUUGUGGGAUAUACGAUCAAGAUCUGAGAUAAUGGUUCUGCCCGGUCAUAAAAGCCCUAUAAAUAAAGUCAAAUGCCUUCCCGUUGACCCACAAAUAAUCAGUUGUUCCGGGGAUGCAACAGUUAGACUUUGGGAUAUCAUUGCAGGGAAGGCAAGCAAAGUUUUAACGCACCAUAGUAGAAACAUCAGAGACUUGACGCUACACCCAGCAGAGUUUAGCUUUGCCAGUGUAUCUACGAACGACGUCAGAUCCUGGAAAUUGCCCGAAGGACAGCUAUUAACCAACUUUCAAUCCCAGAACACUGGGAUUUUGAAUACCGUAUCAAUUAAUCACGAUAAUGUACUAUUAGCUGGUGGAGAUGACGGUACUUUGUGCUUUUACGAUUACAAAACAGGACACAAAUACCAAAGUAUGAUGACAACUGAAGUUGCUGGCUCACUUGAAAGUGAGCGAUCGAUUUUAUGCAGCACCUUUGAUGUCACAGGAACAAGACUCAUCACAGGGGAAGGAGACAAAAGCAUCAAAAUAUGGAAGCAAGUCCCUGAUGCUACAGAAGAUACAUUCCCUGGCUUGCCGUGGAAUCCCACGUUAAUAUCUCAAAGAUUCUAA